UACAAGAUGGUGGAAAGCGUGUAAAGUGGAGAACGUGAGAGUGUUAAGUUCUUAAUCGUGAAUUACUUUGUUAGCUGACUGAAGAAAGAGACGCUCAAGGAUGGUGAAAUUAACACCAGACCUAAUACAGCAGUCUAUGCAGUACAUAAAUCCUGUAAGGGACAGGGAGUUAGACCUGCGAGGUUAUAAGAUUCCUGUUAUUGAGAAUAUGGGAGCAACACUGGAUCAGUUUGACACGGUUGACUUCUCAGACAAUGAUAUUCGCAAGUUGGAUGGCUUCCCACUUCUGAAGAGGCUCAAGUGUCUUCUUCUGAAUAACAAUCGCAUUGUGAGGAUAGCAGAAGGUUUGGAGUUGUGCCUACCAAACUUGGAAACGUUGGUGCUGACUGGAAACUUGAUACUUGAGUUGGCAGACCUGGAUCCCCUUGCUAACAUGAAGUCUCUGCGAACAUUGAGCCUUCUUCACAAUCCAGUCACAACAAGACAACACUACCGCCUCUAUGUCGCUUUCAAAUUACCUCACCUCCGGUUACUGGACUUUCGCAAAAUCAAGAUGAAGGAGAGGGAAGAUGCAAGUGCGCUUUUCAAGAGCAAGAAGGGCAAGGAGUUGCAGAAGGAGAUAGCAAAGAAAUCGAAGACAUUUGUUCCAGGAGCAGGUCUGCCUGACACAGCCAAGCCUUCAGGCCCGUCCCAGGAAGAACUAUGGAAGAUUCGUGAUGCAAUUUCGAAGGCCAGUUCAUUGGAAGAGGUGGAGAGAUUGAACAGGUUACUGCAGUCCGGCCAGAUACCAGGCAGAGGUGGCCGGCAGAGCAACAAGGCUCCCUUGGUGGAGGAAGAUGAUGAUGAAGCGAUGGACACAGGUGUACCGGCAAUAAAUGGGAAGUGAAUGGUUGGUCUGAAAAGAGUAUGCCCUCAAAUGGAAAUGUUGUAAGCGCGUAAGUUACCUAUAAGUUGCACCUCUGUCCUUGUUCUUUGUAAGCUGUUAGGAAUUAUCAUCAUUUGAGAAAUAAGCAGGCAGAUUUCUUUCAAUUUUCCAUGCCCCUGAUACCUAGUCUGAUACAGUUCAUUACAGAGACAAAGCACUAUGACUGGGGCUGAGAUCCACAGAGAAAUGUUUUUUUGAUUGAUGGUUAUUUAACAGCCAGCUCCAUUAGUAUGUGAAUGGAAGCAACAUACAUACUUGUAUGUUGAGCGAAAUAUGUGCACUGACUGUGGAAGUGAAGCAACGUCCUGCCCGCUUUACAUUCUUAUGCUUAAGACACUGCAUCUGAAUCCAAUUGAUUUCAAUUGCAUUAACAAGGAUAGAGUUUUUGUCAUGUAUUGCAAGCAAUUAUGUGGUAACUUAGCUCUUACAAUAUUAUUCUGUUCAUUUCCCUCUGCACAGUGUUGGUAAGUGAUUGAAGUAAUGCAUAUUGGUGUUAUGAUGUCUGAAUAUAAGAAGCUGAUAAGAACAGAAUUUAAGUGAUACUACUUUAUAAGUUCUCUUUGUAAUAAAAGUAAUUGAAAAUAAAAGUAUGAAAAUAAUUAGUCUGUGGUCCAGAAGAGGCUGAGAAGCGUGUUUGUACAAAAAUGAUUGAAUGCUUGAGAGCAGAGGGAACCGAUGCACUUCUCAAAUGUGAUGACACUUUGUUGCAGUUGUGCAGUCUUUGCUGCUGUUCAUUGGCAUCAGCACUGUUCAAGGUUUGAGAGAGAAGGGGGGCGAUAUCCUGAACAUGCUGUGACAUUUCCACUGAGAGCCUUUAUUGUAUGCAUCCUGUUGUGUCCUAUCUACAAAUCGAUAUAAUUUGGGGCAGUCACACAACAAACAAUCAAAAAGAAACAAAAUAGACAUGCCUGUGUCAACAUUUGUUUUUAUUCUGUCUGGCAGACAGAACAGCUGCAGCACAGCAGUAACAUUAACCACGGGGAUCUGCAUAUAUACAUUAUAUCAAAUUCAAGCAUCCCAGUCCAAGUAUAAACAGUCUGAGUUGGAUACCCCAAACAACAUAUCCAGCCUUCAUACAUUUAAUAGGAAGGUCAAAAAAGAAAAAAGCCAACACGACCUAUUCUGAAGAAAGAUCCCAGCAAGCAGAUACCCUGCAGCAUAGUAUCACCACAGCAGCCUCCAUAGUCUAGGGGUAACGUUCCCACCUCAUGACUCAAGGUACGCGGGUUCAAACCCGGCGGAGGU